AAAGACGCGGGUCGGUUUGGGCGUGGGUGGCGGCGGCGGCGGUAGUCACUACAAAGUGACUACGCGCUGCGUACCCGAAGUGAGCGUAACCUCACCGACCGAUGGCCAUUAUCAUGAAUUACAGCCAUACUCAACGGUAUCAACAACAUCAUCAUCAUCAUCAGCAUCAACAACAAACACACCGCAGUCAGCAACAGUGGCCAUAACAACAGCAACAACAACAACAACAACACAUACGCAUGCCAAUCAUCAGACAAGCGAACAGCAGCCAUCAAAAUCAGCAACACAACCACCACAUCAACCACAUCAACUACAUCAACAACAUCACCAUCAUCAACAACAGCAACACAAACCAAAAGAAAAUCACAAACAACAAGCGCAACAACAGAAAGCACAUAAGAAAUCGAAAGCCAAGUCGAGUAGCCACGGCAACAGCAACAGCAAUAGCCACUGCUAUAGCAACUAUAAUUACAACAGCAAUAACAACAACAAUAAUAAUAAUAGCAAGAACAGCAUUAACCAUAGCAACAGCCAUAGCCAAAAUAGUAGUAACAGUAAAACUUUUCUACAACGCAGUAAACACACUAACAACAUUUAUUCAUCAGGAGCCACACUGGUGGAGGAGGAGGACUUCAAUGAAUUGACCGCCGUACCGACAGCAACCAUUGUGAUAGCAACAAAUGUGAAUGGCAAAGUGCGCAUAAGUCCACAAGCGACCAUCAACAACAGCAGUGCUGGUCCGGGCAUUGGCAACGGCACCGGCAAAGAGUCGGUUCGCCAGCUGCCACCACCACUAAAACUGACCGCCAGCACAACAACGACGCCAACUAGACCGACAACAAUUGCCGCGCCAACGAAAAAUCUACUGCAACGCCAGAAGGCGACCCAGCAGCCACAUCAGCAGCAACAGGCGAGUCCAACCAGAAGCACAGCUGAGAAAUUGCUUGCACAAACUAGUGAGGAAAGUCAACCCACUGAAUUGACACCGCUGGUGGAGACGCACGACGAUAUCACGCACGGUCACAGUUCGACAGCGCACACACCUUCCUCGAAUACAAACACCGCCAGCUCAACGCAACGCUCCAAUAGUACCGCGAUCGCCGCGUCUGUUUCGCCAACAGCUAGUGUUGGUUUAGCUACAGCAGCAACACAGUACAUUGGCGACUUGUCGCCUGCCACAUCGGCUGCCAGCAUCAUCUCCGCAGUAGGCGUUGCGAACGCGCCGAACAUUUACGGUCAGCAAACUAGCGUACCGGCUGCACCAACGGCACCACCGCCCACAGCUAUCGCUGCUGCUGCUGCUGCUGCCGCCACCACCACAACUUACAGUCACAACUCGAAGACUACACGCUCCUGGCCGGUAAUCUAUAGGAAUCCACACCAUUACGAUUACGAGGCACUCUACGUGCAGGCGUCUGGCGGUAGCACUAAACCGGUGGUUGGCGCAAAUCAUCACUACCACCAUCAGCCGGCGAGUCACUUUCAAAUCGGCAGUAGCGCUUUCAAGCAGAACUGUUAUUCGAAUCAAUUUGCUCAAUCCAUUUUGUAUACGUCAAGCAAUGAGGACCUGAGCGCCAUCAAUGAGCACGGCGGCGAUGGUGUUGGUGGCGGUACAACCGGUGGCAGCAGUAAUUUCGGCGUUAGCAACGGUCCCAGCAAUCACAAUACGAAAAACAAUACACAAACGACGUGCUACUACUUUGCGCCAAGUCGGCAUAACAGCAUUUAUGAACAUCCGUCGGCUGUGGUGCAUAAUUCCUCGUUUCAAUUUGAUCCAACUGCGGCAACAACUGCAGCCGCUGCAGCGGCUGUUGAGAGUUUAAGACGCAGCAAUAGCAUACUGUUGCGUAAUAGCAGCUGCGCUAAGGCGCUGAAUCAAAACGGUGACGGCACUGGCGGCGGUCUGGGCACACCCACAUCACUCAAUUCGGCUAUGGAUAUGGGUAGUAGCUCGGGCGCGUCGGGUUGCUGCUCUAACUGUUGUGUUGGACCACCGCCAGUGCUAUUUCUGUUUGUGACGCUGCUGAUGACUACCAGCGCGACGGCAAUGCUCUGUGCCGCCAUUAUGACUGAUCACUGGGAGCAUGUCACUUGGGAUCGCAACAGUUUGGAUCGCUACACGAAUCGUUCGAGUAUGCAGUUGGAGUGGAUGUUGGACGAUAAAGUGGCGAUGCUGAAGCCCGACAAAAAAGCAGAAUAUCGUUUUCGUCGUGAAACCGUUUUCCUCGUACCCAUGCAUGGUGGCAUUUGGACGUUGUGCAUAGACUUGCCAAUGCAGGAAUUGCAAGAGCUGCGAAGACAUCCGAAGUUUCCACGCGGUGCACCGCCUUGCGUCAAUUAUCUAGCCGGUUCGAUGGAGAAUGCACGCGGCGAAGAACAACGCAACGAUUGGCAACAUAGAAUGCAAAACUUGUCAAUUUCCUGCUCAUUGGUCUGCCUAAUUAUACUGGGCAGCGCAGCAUUGGUGGGCGCCUUCGGUGUUUGUCAGCGUCAAAUAAGCGCCAUACUAAUCACAGGCGUCAUGUAUCUACUAGCGGCACUCUUUGCGCUCUUCACGCUUAUGAUUAUACAUUUUAAACGGCAACAAGGACGGCCCAUGUUGGAUAGCGACUAUGAUGGCACCGUUGACGGUAUUGUGGCGCGACCGGGCGGCGUAGCGAUUAUGGCUAAACCGUUAUUGGGUGCACGCAUAUUUCUGACAUCAUGGAGUUUGGAUUUGGGUUGGGGCGGUGUUGUCUUGUGCGGCAUAACGUCAGUGUUAUGGAUUUUGCUGUCGAAAAUUAUGCGUUACAAUCCAUUUUCAGCGCUAAUGAUUUAGUCGAUGGAGGUCGUCUAAGGUCGCACAAGGCCGUGCAGGUGUUGUAGGUGCGUAUCGAGUGACAAAGCGACUACAAUUGCAAGCUUACGCAUGCAAACGGUCGAGGACUUCGUGGAAAUAUGUAUGUGUGUGUACAAAUAAAUGUACGGGUGAAAUAUUUUAGGAAAUCCAGCUAAUUACAAAGCGCUGCACUUGGUUAGUUAUGCAAUGUAAUUAAAGAGUAAAUGUAACCGUAACUUUAACUGUUGAACAAACAAAUGUCAGACACAAAAUAAACUGACUAAAACAGUGCUGCUUUGGCAAAGGAUACGAGAAAAUAAUAACUCUAAAUGAUAAUGUAAUAUUUCUACUAGUUACAUAAAAAUUUAUAAUGUUUAUAAAAAUUACAGUAAAUAGUUUAUCCUCAUUUACAAUUGUAAACAAAACCGCAAAUUUCCUGAUAUUUUUUAUAUUUACUCUAAAAAUCAGUAAUGCAAUUUAUUAAGGAAAAGCUUUAUACAAGAAUUUUGGGUCUAUGUACAUAUGUAUGUAUUUAUGUAUAUAGGGCGUGCUGGGCAUUUGAGAGCAUUUGUAAGGCUAUUUACUACUUAAAUUUUUUUCUUCAGUAAGCGAUUUUUUUUAAGUAAACGAUUUGCCCUCUAUUUGACAACACUUCUAUUCUAAAAAUGCGAGUCUAAUAGUCUAAACUCUGUACUAACCUAAAAAAUUAUAAUUAUUUUUGCUUUUCUUUGAGAAACAGUUUGAGGUUCGCAUAAUUUUAACUACGCAAAAUCAGUUAUCUGCUGAAUAAUAGAGACAAUGAGAGUAAAAGUUAACUUUUUGGUCUUCCUUGCUACAAAAGUUAUAAUAAUAUGGAUAUGUCUCACUUCACACGACUUCCGAAACCGUAGGAUCAGUAGAUAAGACUGUCUGCAGUUCUGGAGGACGAUGCUAAGAUGAAGGCUAUAAAUCCAAGCCAGUGUUGUGAAUUUUAUAAUUCAAAAAUUGUGGAAAUAAAUUCGAUUUUCAAUUUUGUCAACUUUUUUUUUCUUAAAUUGAGAGUUGAAGUAAAACAGGGAAAAUUUACAUAUUUCUAACUGGAAAACUAUAAUUAAAAGUAACUAAAUAUAAAUAAGACAAAAGGCGCUAAACUAUGCAGAUAUUUUAUUAGGUUAGGUUGAUCUGGGAGGUCCAUAAGCCACGCAUAGACCAGUUUGGUCCAUUGCGAUGAGAGAUGGAGUUCAAUUGCUAAGUUCAAGGGGAGUAGUCAUCGUUUAGGACGCAGCCUCACUAUCGAUACCUUCUCCAGUGUAUCAUGCCGUGAAGACUCCAGGUGCUUACAGCCUAGUCUUCCUAAUGCGGAACAAGUGCACAAGAGAUGCUCCAUUGUUUGACUAAUGCCCUGCUCUAGGCAAUUCCUGCAGUCUUCUCAAUCUGUCAACCCAACAUUGCGGGCGUGUGUCGCCACCAGACAGUGACCAGUUAGUAUUCCCUUAUAUUUUAUUAAGAAUAAGCUUUUCUUUCAAAAACAAAAUACUAAUGAUAAUGGUAGAACAUGAAGUAGACCGUUCCCUCGACAGUUGGGUCUAAGUAAGCGCAACGGACACGGAUUUUUGUCCGAAUAAGAACUGUCAAGUCGGCACAAUUUCUCGAAAUUACUUUAGGAAAGUUGUUUGCCGCUACAACAACAAUAACACGAAGUACCCCGAAAUUAUAAAAAAAAAUUCUUUCUUUCUAAAAAACUCUAUUUUAAGCCGAUUUUUGGGAUUAAACUUUUUCUUUGAAUCCGGUACUUGGGAUUAAAAAUGUUUUUUUUUUUUUUUUUUCAAUUCAAUUAUUUUAUUUAAUUCUUUCCAAUUCAGAAAUUCACACUAGUUUAUGUUAGAUUGUACUCAAAUACCUGAUGCACCCUUAUAAGCUCGCCUUGUUACUUAAUUUGCCUAUAAUUGCUGCGGAAUAAAAUUUAGUAGCAUCUAAUUUAUAAAUAUACCCUGCAAAUGAGUGUCAUGCACAAAAUCUUAAAUAUUAUUAUAUAAUAAAAUUCAAGUUUUUUGAUCCAAUAUAAAAGCCACGCUUAUAUUCUUAUAUAUGUAUAUCUAUAUAACUAUUUUUUUACAAAAAAAAAUAAUAUGAAUAGAAUUUACACCUACAGAUAACUGUCUAAACACACAUAUGUAUAUUUACAAAAAUAUGCUGAAUAAACCGAUUCACUUAUGUAAAAAUUUACUUUAUACAAAACAAAUGUGCGUUAAAAAUAUAAUUAUUUAAUUUUACACUAAGUCAUAAGAGUAAAAAAGUUUUUCUAUAAAAAAUAAAAUGCACCUUUACAAUGUUAUAGCGCUGCUUGUAGCCUUAAAUUAGACAAAUUGUUAGUUAAUUAUAAUCAUUGUAGAAAAAAGCAAAAUAUUCAAAAUAUUAUAAAUUCAUAUGCAGCUAAAGUCUGAUUAAGACUCAACUACCCGCCAA